GGGUCAGCCCCAUCCCCAGCAGACAUCCUUCCUGCACUCCACAAGUGUCCCGCUCUCUACUUUGAAGGCGACUCCUCCUACACCCUGAGGUCCAGCCCCUACCUCGGAUCUUCUGCCCACACCACACAGAAGAGCCCCAGACCUCCAGUAAGCCCCACCCUGAAGGCCCUACGGCUUUCCCAGGCUCACUGAAGAGUUCGCUGUCCCAGCCAUGGCUCGCGCUACGGGACCCGAGCGGCGGCUGCUGGCCAUCUACACAGGCGGCACCAUCGGCAUGAGGAGCGAGGGCGGAGUGCUGGUACCUGGGAGAGGCCUGGCCGCUGUCCUGAGGACACUUCAUAUGUUCCACGAUGAAGAGUACGCCCAGGCCCACCACCUACCCGAGGAUACGCUGGUGCUACCCCCGGCCGGUCCUGACCAGAGGAUCCUCUACACAGACACUACACACAGUACCAGGGCUUCGUGGUCAUCCAUGGCACAGACACGAUGGCCUUCGCUGCCUCGGUCCUUUCUUUCAUGCUGGAAAACCUGCAGAAGCCUGUCAUCCUCACCGGUGCCCAGGUACCUAUCCAUGCACUGUGGAACGAUGGCCGUGAGAACCUGCUGGGGGCCCUGCUCAUGGCUGGCCAGUACAUCAUUCCUGAGGUGUGCCUAUUCUUCCAGAAUCAACUCUUCCGGGGCAAUCGGACAACCAAGGUGGAUGCUCGGAGGUUCGCAGCCUUCUGCUCCCCCAACUUGCCCCCUCUGGCCACUGUGGGUGCCGAUGUCACAAUUAACCGCGAACUGGUUCAGAAGGCCAGCGGGAAGGACCGUCUGGUGGUGCACAGCACCAUGGAGCGUGACGUGGGCCUGCUGCGCCUCUACCCUGGGAUUCCCGCCUCCCUGGUUCGGACCUUCCUGCAGCCCCCACUGAAAGGUGUGGUCAUGGAGACCUUUGGCUCUGGGAAUGGGCCCACCAAUCCAGACCUGCUUCGUGAGCUGCGGGAGGCAGCUGAACAAGGCCUGAUCAUUGUCAACUGUACCCACUGCCUUCAGGGGGCUGUGACUUCGGACUAUGCAUCUGGCAUGGCCAUGGCAGGAGCUGGCAUUGUCUCAGGAUUCGACAUGACAUCGGAGGCUGCCCUGGCCAAACUGUCCUAUGUGCUAGGCCAACCAGGGCUGACCCUGGAUGACAGGAAGAAGCUGCUAGCCAAGAAUCUUCGCGGGGAGAUGACGCUGCCCAUGACAGAUGAGCACCAGCCCUGGCUGCAAGAUGGCAUACUGGGUCGCAGGGUAGCAUGGCUUCUCAGUCGGAAUGGCAGUCAGGAGGCUGAUGCCACGCAGGAUGUCCUGAUACCUAGCCUGGCCCUGGCUGCAGCUCAUGCUGGUGACCUAGAUACUCUGCAGGCUUUUGUGGAGCUGGGCAGAGACCUAAACCUGAAGGACUGUAGCGGUCAAACCCCACUGCAUGUCGCUGCACGGAGGGGCCAUGCUGCUGUGGUCAGCACGCUGCUACAGAAGGGCGUGGACGUGAAUGCCCGUAACGAAGAUGGCCACAGCCCGCUACUGCUGGCCGUGAGGGGCAGGCAUCAGGGUGUCAUUGGGCUGCUGCGGGCCGCUGGGGCUUGCCUGUCUGCCCAGGAGCUGGAGGACAUUGGGACAGAACUGUGCAGGCUGGCAUCCAGGGCGGAUAGUGAAGGCCUGAGGGCGUGGUGGGAGGCAGGAGCUGACCUGGGACAGCUGGACUAUUAUGGACACUGUGCCCUGCAAGUAGCCGAAGCAACUGGGAAUGCUGAUGUGGUGACCCUGCUACAGAGCUUGAAGGACAGGCCCAAUGCCCAGCCCCAGGCCCACUGAGUCCUGGGCCGGGCCAGUGUCUCCCAGUGAACUCCCAUUGGUUUGAAGCUGGAUCCUGGCACCUAGUAUUCCAGAGCCGGCUCUGCAGACAGCCUGAGGAGGUGGAGGAGCAUUGUCCAGAGCCUUUCGUGGGGUUCUGGGAGGAGCAGUCUGUUGGAGAUACAAGCUGCUGGGACUUCAUCGGGGAGGCCACCUCAUACCUUCAACCUGUUCAGUCUUGAGCUGGGUGACCAGGAGUGCCUGGGCUUCCCAGCUGACAGGGAUCCCCAUUGCAUUCUUUUGUGGCUCUGGAGUUUUGAGACUGGCUGGGCUACCCCCACUUCCCGGGAAUGGUUGGACUCCAAAUAUACAGAGCACCUGAGGUGGGGUGGAGGAGCCCCGCCCCUGGACACAUUCUCUGUACAUAGUCCUCCGUGCAUCCUCAGUAGACCCUGUUUCUAGGAAGUCGUCCUUGGUUCUCAACCUGCCAUCCUGUGGCAGUGCGAGGUGUUCCUUACUGCCAGAGGGACCUCAGGCACACACCAGCCAUGUCUGCUGAACGGCUUCCUAGCCUGAUGGUGUGAAAAAAUCGGGAGGUCUCUGUUGAGCAGAAUGUCAAUAAAAUUGUGGGGAUGGCUGCUG